CUUUGAAGGUCCAUGGAGUUCAGUCUGGUUUGAGCAGUGGGGCUCUGCUUUCCCAUAUCGGUGACUACCCAAAAGGAUACGAAAGACAUUGGUAAUUUAGGAAGGCCUCAAAAGUCUGGGUGUCGGUUUUGCUGCUGACCGUAUUUAAAAUGUGGCCCUAAUCCACAGCGCUUCUCCGCGGCCGUGCUUAGGGUUUAUCUAGGGUUUUGGAGGUCCAGGGACGUUUCUAGUUUGGGGCGGUGGGAGAGCAAAGCCCUGAUCCUCUGGGGGAGAGGAAGCCAUGGACAGAUACCAGAGAGUGGAGAAGCCGAGGCCUGAGUCUGUCAUCAGCGAGAAUGAGAUCAGGAUUACCACGCAGGGUCUCAUCAGGAACUACACCAGUUAUGCGGCCAGUCUCCUGCAGGAGAAGCGGGUGAAAGAAAUUGUGUUGAAGGCUAUGGGACAGGCCAUCAGCAAGACUGUUGCAAUUGCAGAAAUUAUAAAGAAAAGGACUCCUGGGUUGCAUCAAGACACUGUUAUCAGCUCCACCAGCAUAACAGAUGUUUGGGAACCAAUUGAAGAGGGACUUGUGCCUUUGGAGAUGACACGACAUGUCUCGAUGAUAUCUAUCACCCUUUCGACAAGAGAGCUGAACAAGAAUUCUCCAGGGUAUCAACCUCCAGCAUCAAUAGGGAAUCGGCAGCAGCAGCCAAGGCAGCAACAGCAGCAGCAGCAUCAGCAACAACAACAGAAACAACCACCUCCAUCAUACAAUGCUCCUGCUGCUGAUGAUUCAUAUGGACGAGGUGGAGAAUCAUAUGGGCGGGGUGGUGACUUGUACGGACGGGGUGGUGACCCGUACGGGCGAGGUGCUGACUCUUAUGGGCGAGGUGGCGACUCAUAUGGGCGAGGACGUGGUCGGGGCAGAGGAAGAGGCAGGGGUUGGGGUAGAAGCUAUAACAACAAUCAGGAAAAUGGUGGAUGGAAUUAUGGGAGAGGUGGUGGACGUGGUCGAAGUUGGGGAUAUCGAGGUGGAGGUGUUGGUGGUGGCGGCUAUGAAAGGGGAAGAGGAGGACGGGGUUAUGCUCGAGGUAGGGGAAGGAUGGGUGGACGAGGGAGGGCGUACUGAUCACCCAAGUUGUGCAGACGGUACUUUAGUGCUUGCUUGGUUUUAUUAGUGAGAAUUAUGUGUGCUUUAACUGUGGCCUAUUCUGAGAAGCAGUGUUUGUGAUUCUCUCUUACUAUGAACAGCAGGCCUUUUUUCUGGUUGACAAAAUGGUCAUUAUGUAAUGCUCCUUUUUUUUGCUGUCGUCUCAUCUUCCCCAGCACCAUAUAUUUAUAUCAAUUCUUCACAAUGAAUAGUCCUUUGAAAUGUUCUA